AAGACCUGGGGCAUGACAUUUGUCGCCAGGCCCGGCUUAAUAGGUUUCUCCGCGGUCGCUGGGAACGCUUUCCUCGAGACCCGAUCCACCAAGUGAAGACGACAGAAACCAGAUCUGGACUCCUGCCCUCCGAUCAGACAUCGUCCGGACCAGAAUGAUCGUUGAUGCAUCGAGAUGACAGAUGUUACAACUGCAGCCUGACGGGUCAUUGGUGAACUGAAUGUCCACAACUGGUGAAUGGAACGUGGACUAACCAGACUGUGUCACACUGAUCGGAGAGGAGGACUUCAGACAAGUCAGAUGAGGGCAAGUUGCUUGAUCAGCAGAGAAGGGAAGUCAGAUAACACCCACACACACACACACACACACACCACUCACUCAUUACUGGCAUCUAACACACACACAGCACUAGCACAACCACCUGAACCACAAACUAAGAAGCAAAUGAUGGCCUUUUUAGGCCUGUGUAAUUAUUGCAGAGCAUGGAUCCCUUUGCGUGCAAGCAGUAUGUGCAGCAGCACUCGCUAUGUAGGCCUCCAGAGAACUGGUGCUUUUCCACUCACUUACACUUGAGGUGCUGCUCGUACAGAGUAAAAUGACAUUCUUAUCUCCAGCCAGACACCGGAGCUGCAUAGCGCUCCUGUUAUCGCAACCACACAUAACUAUAGAGGGCUGCAUUACUCUAAACCCAGCCACUCUGCUACCAACGCCACAUGACGGCGACCCUCAUGACUGCAAAGUGCUGACGGAACAAAACAGCAAGCCCAGCUUAGACUUGCAAGAUGAACCACUGGCGAAAGGCCACGUUGUGUUUGUGGACGGCUCAAGCGGGAAAAAUGAUAAAGCAAAACAGAAACGGGCUACGCUAUAGUCACCAAUACCACCAUAAUCAAAGCGGAGAAACUGCCCUCACACCUCUUUGCUCAAGCAGCCGAGUUAAUCGCAUUAACCGAAGCAUGCAAGCAUCAUGCAGGUAAAGAAGUCACGUUUUACACUGACAGCCAGUAUGCCUUUUCUGCCGUAUGUUCGUUUGCAGCACAGUGGGCGAGAAGGGGAAUGCUGACCUCUACAGGGAAGCCAGUAAAACAUGCUGAACUGUUUAAAAAACCUAUUAACGGCCAUAAAACUACCAUCAGCCCUGGCCAUUUGUAAAUGCGCGGCACACAAAACAGGCACAGACUUGAUAGUAUUGGGAAACAGCUACCCUGACAAAGCAGCAAAGCUGGCCGCAAGUGGUAAAUAUGGCACCUCAGCAAUUACACGACAAUUGUGGAACGCUUGUGACCCGAAGUGCUCCAUGAGAUGCAGCAGCAAGCAAAAUUGAAGUGGAACAACUUCCUAGGUCACUAUUCAAAACAGCAGCCAUAUUGAUACAUGCUUUAACACAUGUAUCAACAGGGGGGGAUAGUGAGUAAGACCUAUAAGUAUUGCUUAGUCGUAAAACCUAGGGGUACAGCUAAAAAAAAUCACUGUUUUUAUCAUCCGCAAGAGCGUAGGACUCGUUGAAAGAACGAAUGGUACAGUAAAAAACAGACUAAGGAAAUGUAUGGCAGAAACGGGAAGGCCCUGAGUAGAAUGCAUAGACUUAGUAAAAACAUACAUGCAUGUGACCCCCAACAACACAGGGAUAACCCCCUAUGAGGCAUUGUUUGGCCGACCUUUUAGACUCCUGGUGUACACAGAAGAACAACAAGCAGAGGAAGAGACAGACUUAAGUGAUUGGAUGAGAAAGUUGUUCCAAAGCAAAAAUGUUGUUGAUACAAAUAAACUGCCGGAAGGCCUUUCUGCUUCUCCACAGGAACAUCCGGUGGCGGUGGGAGACUGGGUCCUGGUCAGAGUGAUUAAGAAGAAGUGCUGGAACCAACCCCGGUGGGACGGACCCUACAAAGUACUACUGACCACACCAACUGCAGUCAAAAUAGCAGAGAGAUCCACGUGGAUACACCUCAGCCAUUGCAAAAGGAUUGAGCCAAUCAACGCUGAGUAGGGGGCGGAAGUCGGGCUUCAAAGGGGGAAGUGAGCCCUAGGCCACUUUCGUCUCAAACCCGUGAAGAAAACAACUGAACCCCCCACUAAAUAGGGAUGGCUCAUUCACGUGCAAUGACCACGUGGAACUGGAUCUGGACCCUGGGCGCAUUGAUGACCAUCGCAACUGCAACACCACUGAACCACCUCAAGUACCCACAUGCCUACGCAACCAACGAAUGGUGGCGACUGAUGAACGCAACAGCUUAUAAUAGAAACUACACCAAUUGCUAUGUGUGCUCCCACAUGCCAGUAGCAGCCCAUAAUUCAGGCCUCAGGCCAUAUAAUGUCAGGUGGACAAAGUCAUGGUGCCUGUACGGCCUGUCAACCCACCCAGGAAGGGGUAAACUGUGGCAGAACUCUAACUUCAGUCAACCAUUAAAAAUCAAUUGGGCCAAAACACCGAUCACUAGAGCUGAAUGUACCCCAAAUGAAGAUUUGGUAGCAUGGCCACAGCUGUCCGUAGCACUACCAGAAGUAUUAAUGCUAACCCAUCUUCCCAGAAAGGCUUUUCCAGCAUGCGUGGUUAACAAUGGAUCCCGAGAGGUGGGGAAGCUGCCUCACAUGUUGUGUAACAGUACGUUUUCCUACUGUCCACGACAGAACGAGACGAAGUGCAUGUACUGCCUCCAGAAUCCCACGUGUGCAAAGAACAGUACGCUCCAAGAGGCAGCAUGUGCGAUGACCAACCGCUCGUUACCGCUGGAAGAUGGAAGUCAGAGUUACUGCUCCCGCAUAGCCCCUGGGCCUAAAGGAACCCGGGUACUGACAGACUGGUAUUUUGUAUGUGGACACAAAGCCUAUGUCUCCUUACCACCUGACUGGAAUGGACUGUGCACCAUAGCAUCAUUAUCAGACCAUGUGUUCUUUAUGCAAAGAACAAGCACAACCAGCAGGCACCGCCGUGAAGUGACUGAACGGGUCGAGGAUGUUCCCAAGGAAUGGAGAAUAUGGGGAACCGGGGAAAAGAUAGGACAGAGCCUGUUUCCAUGGGUCGGAGUCGGACUGGUUCGGGACCAUGUCGAGAUAAACAGGUACGCCCUACUCCGUCUGAUAAACGCCACAAGAACGUUAGGCAAAGGAACUUCACGGGAGUUGAGCGCCUUGCGUGCAAUGGUGAUGCAGAACAGAGUGGUUUUGGACUUGCUGGCUGCCCCGCAAGGAGGAGUAUGCAAGAUAAUUGGACAGACUUGUUGCACCUUCAUCCCUGAUGAAAACGGUGAUGGGGGGAGUAUCCACACUGCUUUGUCUGACUUAGACACCCUACAGCAGUAUGUAGAACGGCAGACACCUGGAGGGAAUCUGGAUUGGCUCUCUUGGCUGACUACUGGAGCCUGGUGGCAAAUUCUGCUGAAAGUCUUAGUGCCACCAGGGGUCAUUCUGCUACUCUUUUGUUUAUUUUUCAGUUGUAUUGUUCCAUGUUUAAGGAAAAUGAUGACAAAUGUUUUCAUUUCGGCUUUCUAUCAGUAUACCCUUGUGCAGGGUGAGCUGGAGGGUGAAACAGAGGACCAAAUAUGAAACCCCCAUUGAAAAUGGGAGACCAAGUGGUGGGGGUGGAUGUAAACUGGUUUUCAAACUAAUGUUUAAUUUUUGCAAAUGUAUGUAGGUGCUUCCCCGAGUGAGACUGACUAGCAGUGGCUGCCGUGAGCGGCGGGGCCAUUGAGGAAUUUUCCUGUCUUGAAAGAAUAGAGAGUGUGACUUUGGGUCAAAAGAAGGAUAGACAGCCGCAUGACAGGUUUUUCGCCUCAACCUCAUUCAGGAUUGUAUGUGCUAUGUUCAUGAUAAACAGGGAGGAAUUGUUAGAAUAGAUAAACAUGUAACUGUUUUUCUAUGUAUCACAAUGUGUUCAUCAUAAACAUGCACAUGACCAUCAGACUGUAAGCACAAAACAUACUCUCAU